CAAAGUGUUGUCUCAUUCAUCAUAAUAAUCAUAAAAAUUAACUUUUAAGCUCGAGAGGGAGAGAGAACAAAGAAAAAAAAAAGAGAAAAGAGAUGGAAGAGACAAAAUCAAGAUUCAAGAGGAUCUGUGUCUUCUGUGGAAGCAGUUCCGGCAAAAGACCUUCUUACCAAGAAGCUGCCAUUGAAUUGGGUAACGAGUUGGUGGAGAGAAGGAUUGAUUUGGUAUAUGGAGGUGGCAGCGUGGGGCUUAUGGGUCUCGUCUCUCAUGCUGUUCAUCAUGGUGGUCGGCAUGUUCUAGGGGUCAUCCCAAAAACCUUGAUGCCAAGAGAGAUAACCGGUGAGACCAUCGGAGAAGUGAAAGCCGUCGCUGAUAUGCAUCAAAGGAAAGCUGAAAUGGCUCGUCAAGCCGACGCGUUCAUUGCUCUUCCUGGUGGAUAUGGUACGUUGGAAGAAUUGCUGGAAGUCAUUACAUGGGCUCAACUCGGAAUCCACCGUAAGCCGGUGGGUCUUCUUAACGUGGAUGGUUACUACAACUCUCUGUUAACGUUUAUCGACAAGGCCGUGGACGAAGGAUUUAUAUCCCCAAUGGCUCGUAGAAUCAUCGUCUCUGCACCAAACGCUAAAGAGUUGGUUCGACAACUCGAGGAAUAUGAACCUGAGUUCGAUGAGAUAACGUCAAAAUUGGUUUGGGAUGAAGUGGACCGGCUCAGUUAUGUACCGGGUUCGGAGGUUACUACGUGAGCAAUUUAACUACAUUAUGGGGGAAGUUUUUUGGGUAAAAGCAGUCGGUGUACAGCGGACUUGAAACUUUCGUAACAUCAGAAGAAAAGGUCGGGAAGGAGACAAAAGUAUUGGGGUCGUUUUAGUAACAUUAUUUUGUAAGGGGGGCUUAAUGUGUGAAGUGGAUAAACCACGUGGGUAACUGCUAAACGCGUAUAUACCAAACCCCAUCUUCCCCAUUUGUCUUUUGUACAUUUUGGUUAAUGCCAUGGUUAAGGAAAAAAAAGGAUAUGGCCUAUAUCAAGAAAUGACAAAACCAUCCUUUUCUUUAGGAUAUUUUAUAAUUUUAUAGUUAUCUUUUAGUAUAUGAAAUAUAUAAAAAAAUAUUCAUUAUACACAUAAACACAUACAUGAUACAAUACUUGUAUCACUGUCGGCUAAAGAUGUGAUCAACUGUUUAAGCACUAACAUUAAACAAACCAAUAUGAAAGUUUAAAUCAACAGACCUGAUCUUACAUUCUAUUUCUAAUUUUUUUUGUUAGGGUCAAAAGUCUGCCUCGUUAACUACUUUUACACAAGUGAAAACGUAAACAGAAGAAUCACAUAGCAGAAACGGAAGAAAUGAGGGCGAGAUUAAGCAGCGCCAGCUCAAUAAUCUCAUGGGCCUUUGGGCAAAUUUUCUUUUUGGACCUUCCAAACUAAUUAUUUAGAAUUUUAAUAAAUAUUUUCC